UAGAGGCUGCUGUGUUGUGCAAUGUAGGCGUGAAGCUCGAGAUGGUUGAGUAGAGGAAAGAAUGAUCUCUUAGCUGGUGUGUGGCUGGAUGUAAUAGUUUAGAUGGAUUGUAAGGGUGCAGAGAUAUUCUGAAGGCUAUUGAUGAGAAUGUUGGCAUUUCAGUCAGAAAGCAGAAUUUUCUGUUUUUAUAAAGGAAAGUUACAUUUAUAAUUUGUCAUUCAGAAACUAUAGACUGCUAUUUGAAAUACAUAUGCCAAUCCCCAAUAGCAUUUUCUUUCAUCUUAAUUAUUAUACAAGAAUCCAUUUACAUUAUAUUAUUUGUGUGUACCUUUAAAUGCCACCCAUAGUUUAUCCUGAUGUAACUUAAUAAUGAAUGUGUUUGCAUUUGGUUUAUUCUUUUUUUAAAAUAGUAAGAAGUGCGGCUCUCAAGGCAACGAUACUGUCACUGUUCAUUUAAACAUGAUAAAAUAAUGGACACUUAUAUACCUCUAAUGUGAUGUAGCGGACACUUUCUGUCCGCUCCUCUCUCACAUUAUGACAAAUGAGAUGUUUUCAUCCUCUACUCAUUGUGAACCCUCUGCAGUAGUUUCCCAUUUGAUGACAUCAAAUGUUUGUUUCACCGUGAGAAGGAUAAUGUGCCAAUCAGGAUUGUAUCACGGCACAAGAAGAGAACUCAAUAUUCAAGAGGAAAAUGGAAUCCCCUUUUUAAAAAAAAAAAUAGCACACACACAGUAUUGAAGUAUUGAUUGAGCGGUGAACUAUUGUUGUUGCUGGCAUGGAGGCCGGACAGUUGCACGAAAAAAGGGACAGAACACACAACUCAUAUAGAAAUAAAUGUACACAAUACAUGAGUAUUUAGCUUUUUUUUUCUUUAAUAACCUCCAUAUGUACUCAACCCACUCUAACUCCUGCACUGUCCACACUGAGUUAGUGUCUCAUGCAAUCUUUCCCUGUCUCUUUGUGCUAUUUGCUCUCGCUCUGCCCCCUUCUCUCUCUCUAUCUCUCUCUCUCCGUCUCUCUCAACAGCUCAUCACCCCUCCCCUUCCCUCCCCCCUGCUCAGUAUCUCUCACUCUCAGGGGAGAUAGUGUCGUUGUUUGUUGUUUUAAGCCAGAGUUCGGUCCCACCACUCUCAGGAGAGAAAGGAAGAGAGAGCAGAAGUCUGUUAUGGCCCGUUGACCGGGACGACUUGGGACGGCCCACUCCAGGGAGCAUCUGAUGGGAUUAUGACACUCUUUCCAGCUCACUUUUCUUUUUGUCCUCCGCUAAGCCUAACUUCAGUGUGUUGUUGAUGCAGCAUCACAGAGGAAGCACUGUCUUUCGAUGAACAACAUUUUUGUCAAUCUUGCUGGAUUUAAUUUUGAACCAAAAGUACCUGGGGGGCAUCCUUGAGGUAACUCAUUUGGAAGAAUUCAGGUUUGCUUUUUCCUAUUAAGGAGUACGAGGAGAGAGAAAAAGAACAAGAGAAGAGUUUAUCUUGGCAACAUCUGUGAUGAGCUGAAAGAAGAACAAGCGAGGAAGUAGUCCCAGAUGAGCCCUGACAGCUGACACCAUCCUCAAUUUCACUUGAUCUGAUUCGGCCCCAUACUUCCACUGUCAGAGAGAUGAUAUGCUGACUCCCUCUGUGAUUGGUCUCUAACAGCCAAGACUUUUUUUGCCUUUUUAGGAUGUCCUCACGCGCACACACAACCACAACCACACACACACACACUGAGCUGAACCUUUUUGAUUCUUCUUUUGUCCACUAAAACAAAAGGACAUAUCUUUAACGCCGAAAACUGAACUGCAAAUUGAGUUUCUUUGGAGUUUGAGUUGUUUCUGCGCUGACCUGGAAGUGAACGGCAUCUAGCUAAUUUGAUUCUCAUCAAAUAAAUAGAGAAGGGGCAGCUCAGCAGGCCUGAUACUCUGCCGCGUUCACUUUCACUCUUGCUCUUGCCAGGUGAAGCCGAUGACCCCCUUGGGUUUUUCUGUUUUGCAUCUUGGCCUCGCUUUACAUUUAAAGUUCUCGGACCUGUUUUUCCUUCAACAUCCUCUCAGAGGGACCUGUCUCUUUUCAUAGCUUGAGACCAAAGACAACCUUUUGGACAGCUACACCCUCUGAUAUAUGACAACAUGGGGGUAUUGGACAUGCCACAGAACUUCUUUUGUUUUAUCCCUUGCUUCCCAAUGCAGCUUUUUUGAUGCCUCUCCGAAUUCAAUUCAACUCUUUUUGAACCCUGUGAUAAAAUGAUGAACAAAGACUCUCGCUUUCCAAGGAAGAUGCAAGGCAGCUUCUCCAACCGCAGACACUCGUGUAUUGGUUUUGAUGUGGAGAAUGGAUUGUCAGUGGGACGAAGCCCUCUGGACCCUCAGGCUAGCCCUGGCUCUGGUAUGGUCAUACAGGCCAACUUUCCUCACAGCCAGCGGCGGGAAUCCUUCCUGUACCGCUCUGACUCUGAGUUUGACCUUUCACCCAAAGGUCCCUCCAGAAACUCCUCCGGGGCCAGUGACCUGGAAGAAAGCUUGAAGCACUGGGAGGUCAACUGGUUGUCAUCUCGACACACAGAAGACAUGAUAGUCACUCCAUUUGCACAGGUCCUCGCCAGCCUGAGGACAGUCCGAAGUAACUUUGCCGUCAUAACCAACCAGCAAGAUCGCACAGCCAGCAAGACACGAUCAUCAGGCAGCAACCCACCAUCCAUGUGCAAGACCAGCCUGGCAGAGGAGCCGCACCAGCAGCUGGCCAUAGAGACUCUGGAUGAGCUGGACUGGUGUCUGGAACAACUGGAGACUCUGAAAACUCGACACUCUGUCAGCGAGAUGGCUUCCAACAAGUUCAAAAGGAUGCUGAACCGAGAGCUCACCCAGCUGUCAGAAACCAGCCGAUCAGGGAACCAGGUGUCUGAGUUCAUCUCCAGCACCUUCCUAGAAAAGCAACACGACAUGGACAUCAUGUCCCCCCCAACAAAGGAGAAGGACAAGAAGAAGCGGCCCAUGUCCCAGAUCAGUGGUGUGAAGAAGGCCACCCACAGCCCCAGCCUCGCUCCCUCCACCAUCCCUCGCUUUGGGGUCAACGCCAGCCAGGAGGGUCUCCUAGCAAGGGAGUUAGAAGACGUUAACAGAUGGGGUAUUGACAUCUUUAAGGUCGCUGAGUAUUCUGGAAAUCGCCCAUUGACAGUCACCAUGUACACUAUCUUCCAGGAACGUGAUUUGCUCAAGUCCUUUAAGAUCCCCAUCGACACUUUCAUUACAUUCACCAUGACACUGGAGGAUCAUUAUCGUGCUGAUGUAGCCUAUCACAACAACAUCCAUGCUGCAGACGUUGUCCAGUCCACACAUGUCUUACUCUCCACCCCUGCUCUGGAGGCUGUAUUUACUGAUCUGGAGAUCCUUGCCGCUCUGUUUGCAAGUGCCAUCCAUGAUGUGGAUCAUCCUGGAGUUUCCAAUCAGUUUCUCAUCAACACCAACUCAGAGCUGGCCUUGAUGUACAACGACUCGUCGGUGCUGGAGAAUCACCACCUGGCUGUCGGCUUUAAGCUCCUGCAGGAAGACAACUGUGAUAUCUUUGAAAACCUCAGCAAAAAGCAGAGACAGUCACUAAGAAAAAUGGUCAUUGAUAUGGUGUUGGCCACGGAUAUGUCUAAGCACAUGAACCUCCUGGCAGACCUGAAAACCAUGGUGGAGACUAAGAAAGUCACCAGUCUAGGAGUCCUGCUGCUAGACAACUAUUCAGAUCGCAUACAGGUCCUUCAGAACAUGGUGCACUGUGCAGACCUGAGUAACCCCACAAAGCCUCUUGAGCUGUACCGGGUGUGGACGGACCGCAUCAUGGUGGAGUUUUUCACCCAGGGAGACAGGGAGAGAGACAAGGGCAUGGAGAUCAGCCCCAUGUGUGACAAACAGAAUGCGUCAAUAGAGAAAAGCCAGGUGGGUUUCAUCGACUACAUAGUUCAUCCUCUGUGGGAGACCUGGGCCGACCUGGUCCAUCCAGAUGCUCAGGAGAUCUUGGACACACUAGAGGACAACAGGGAGUGGUACCAGAGCAUGAUCCCACACAGCCCCUCACCAGACCAGUGCCAGGAGGAGGAGGAGGAGGAGGAGGAGGAAAACCUUGUCGGGGAAGCCUCAGCACUCAUUGGGGGCGGAGGCUCCACUUCGGCAGACAAGUUUCAGUUUGAGCUGACCUUGGAAGAAGAGGGAGAGUCCGGUACAGACAGUCCCCCUGAGGAAGAGGGCAGGGGGUCUGAACUCUCCAGAACUGAUUCUGGCAGCGGAUUUGAUGCUGCAACUCACCUGCUCCCCACAAAACUCAGCCCUGAUUCUGGCAGGACUUUUUCUUUAGACUCUGAGAAAGACAUAGCAGAAGACAAAGAACCGGACCAGGAAGGCAUCUCUGGGGUUCCUCGCUUCCGACUUGGCACAUAGCACCAACCAAAAUGUAGGUUCCUUUUGGUCGUUUUUGUUUAUUUUCUUUUUUUCUGGGCCUCAUCCUCUGUCACUCCCAUCUCCCACUCCAACCUGAACACAACCACGUCUGGUUUCCACAGACAGGGUGACAGAAAGCCUCUGUGUUGGGAGUACAGGAAUGCAAGUAGGUGUAGGGGUUGUAUGAAGUCUGCAUUUUAACUCAGCAGUCACUUGCACUGGAGAGAGGGUAUCAGACUGUGUCACUGUUCCAGUAGAGGACAGGUAACCAAGUUUCUCAGCGGUCCCUUUUAUCUCUUAAACAAACUGUUGAUAAAGUUCUACAGAGACAACAAGAAGUUUUAAAAAGAAAACUUCCUUUUACCAGCCGAACCAAGGUCUAAAAACAGUACUGUCUUCCUCUUUUGAAGAAAGUGAGGAAGUGAUGAAUGGCUGUGAAAACACAAAAACAUCUUGUAAGAUGUCUUGCCAAACUAGCAAUUUACAUGGACAAUGAUGUUUUGUCUGCCUUUCUGAUAUUUUUUUUUUGUUUAUUUUUGUUGGUUCAUAUAUUCUGCUGUCUUUUUUUUAAGCUCCAUACAGAGUGAAAUAGAGUAAAUGAAGAUGAGAGCAAAAAGCACAGUUUAAAGCAGCAAAGUAAUGGCAGAGAGUAACUAUGCAUGAUUGUAUGCAGGACAUUUUUGCAAACAUGUUGAGUGACUUUAAUUAUGAUUAUAUACGUAGCACCUCCCAUUUCAUUGUGUCUGGCAGGCAAUUGUUUUGGAAGAACAUAUAGUUAUAAUGAAGUGGCUGGCAUUGCAUAUACUUGGAGGAUUACAGUUGUUUCAGGCUUACUAUUUUACAUUUUGUGUUCCAAAAACUACUUCAUUAUGUCAGCAACAAAACUGAGCCAGCAUCAGAAGAGUGCUGUUCAGUCAAGAGAAAGCAUCCAAAGCAGUGUGGGCUGUGCACAUGGUGCCUCCCAGUGUUGGUAAGUGGUACUGCAGUUCUAGCAUUGAAGGCAAACUUUUUGCAAGGUUAUUUCAUUGGACUAUAUUUAUAAUACAUUAAACAUAUUAGUGUAUGUGAGUGUAGGACUACCCCAAAUAUCAGAACUGCUCAAGUUUUGUAUCUUUUUGAUUUAUUAGAUUUGUUUUUCUUUCUAGUUUGCCUUCAAGUUUCGCACUUUACUGUUUAGUUCAUAGCCAGCCCUCGUUGUGGCUUUUAAGGGCUUAAACUUUGUCAAUGGCUCUCAAAAAAAGCACAUACAUCACGCAAUGACUAAAAACGUUACAGCUAAAUAGCUUUAAACGAUCCUUAUAGAUUCCACUAUAAUUACUACAAAAAUUCUCUAACACAGCAGCAUCACACUUGCAGAGACUGAAAAUGGCAGUGUGGUUACAUAUAGGAUGUGAGCAUCAUUGUAAAUGUAAAAAAAAAAAGAAAAUCUAGGAGGCUACUAAGCAACAGUUUCCUGUGCCAGAUUGUUUUAUUUUUUUUUUCUCAUUGAUCAAUAUUUCGCUCUUCAUAGGGACAAAGUCAAUGACAGAACAAGUGCCAAGCAAGCAUGACACAACCCGUACUGUAAUUUCCAUUUUGCCACUGGCUACUUUCCAUCAGUGACUGAUAAAGUUGGUUGAUUGUAGCGCACUGCGUGCCAAUCUGACCCAUUUUUUUUUUUUUUUUUACUCCUGUUCAAACAGUAACUGAAACUGAUAUUGUCUUAAAACAGUGAUGUGUUUUGUGUGUGUGAGUGUAUGAAUGACUUUUUUGAUGUAUUUGCUAAGAAAAACCAAAGCACUUUGAAUGGUAAUUUUACAGUUCUGCACUUCCAGUACAGUUGAACAUGUAUAACGUGACUGUUUCACUGUUUUUUCUGUUGGAAAGUUGAAUUGCACAGGCUGGACCACUACAACUCCUAAAGGAUGGAUGAUGGAGGGACUGAUUUGUUUCUUCUUAUUUUUAUAUAUGACUGUACAACACAUGUGUACUGUUGAAAUGCAUGAUAUGGGCUGCAGGAUUCAAAGAAAUGUGGAGGGGAUAUAGAGUACUUUAAAACACUCAGCCUUUGGAGAAACUUCUUUUAACGUAUUAAGGAACUGAACUUUUUUUUCCUUUUUUUUGAUGCCUUAUUUUCAAACUUAAUGCUUUUCUGGUCACUGACAUGCUGGAGUCGUACAUGUGCAAUCCUUUCUGUAGCCAUAAACAUCACCUAACAGACCAACACUCAAGGAUGCCUUCAACACUAAGUAUUAUUUAACAACAGCUCAACCAGCACAAAUGUCUGUUUCUCUGCAUGUCACUUAUUGUUUGAUUUUGUGUAUUUCCCUCAGAGUACUUUAUGUACAGGUUAUUUAUUAUUUCUGUAUCGUCUGUCAGAAAAGAUGGAACAAUAGACUUUUUUUUUGUCUGAGUUUAUUUGUAGCUUGAUGUGUGAGAAAGUCAAACAGGACAGUUUAAAACUAUUACUCAGAUAUUCCCCUCUCUUUUCAUUUUUUAAUGUCUUCAAAUAACGUUAACCAGAAGCAAAAAUACUCACAUGCUUUUCGUGGUUUAAAAGUAGUUGAUUAACAGAUUUCAGUCUGGGUUAUCUGAAACAUCCCUCCUCUCAUGUCUUCCUCUGUUUCCUCUGUCUGGAUCACAUAUUCAUGAACGGUCUUGCAGUUUUUGUGCUGCACUGACACUUUGAUUCACAGUGAUAGAUAAUAGUCAGCCUCAUGUCAUCCUAGAUCAGUAUUUCAGUUCUUCAAGAUUUUAUGAUUAUGUGUCAUGAACUAAGACUGCAGCUUUGACAAUCCAAACUCUGCUGUUUAACUGCGGGUGUGUUUGCCCUCUCUCCAACUAGAACUGUAUGCCUUGCCAAUAAAAGAGAAACUCUUUAC